AAGAUUCAGUUUUUCUUCCUCAAGAACAAUGUACACAGUUUGGCGUCCGUUUGAGAUAAGACUCGGAACGACCAUGUGGCGGCUCUCAUGGUGACGGCCUCUCAAACUGGAACACUCUUAUGGACACUAACUUGCGUAACGGAGUCCAGUCAUUUUUGUUAUACAGGUGGGUGAUCACAUGAACAUAUAGAUGUAUUUUGCAUAACAAAACACAGGCUACAAAAGCGAACAGACGUCCCAUAUACUCUACGUCAUCGUUGGAUUAACUAUGGGUGUUGGUGCCCUCGAGAAAUACCGACAACGGACCAUCACGUUCCAAGGGACGUAAGCAGUAUGGAGUGUUCAAGAAUGUGAUGAAAUGUUGAUUUAUGGUAUCUGUAGACAAUGAAUAUACAAGGAUAUACCCAUCGGCACAUGACACAUUCAUUAUUGACGUACCAGGUGAUAUAUCACUGAUAUACCGGUUCCUACAAGUGGUGAUAUAUGAUUGAUAAACUCGAUGAUAAAAGUGUUGAUGCAUGCGGAGAUACAUUUAGAAGACAUACGAGUGUUUACCAAUGCACUUAUACCGCCCAACGUAAUGAGAGUUGCAUACGCGACAAAUGGAGAGGGCAGGCACACAAGGAGGUGACCAAUUAUUCGGCCCUCAACAUGACUGUCAUAACGCAUAUGAUACAUAUAUACCCGGUGAUACAUGUGGUGAUACAUUGAGCAGACGUUCAUGGAUGUGACGAAUUUCACUCCGGUCAUCAACGUGACUACCACCAUCCCUGCACCGUCAUCGCUGCCUUAUCUUCAUCUUUCAUCUCUACCAGCUCCUGUCAGAUUCGUGUUAGCUUCCCUGCUUUUGUUGACUAUGACAAUAGCUCUUGGCGGGAACUUUGUCGUCUGCUGGAUUGUGUACCGGAAACCCGCCAUGCGAUCCGCCAUCAAUCUGCUUCUGGCCCAUCUCGCCCUAACCGACAUAUGUCUAGCGUCCAUCUCUAUUCCAGUAGCAGUGACAAGUCUUCUGUCAGGGCGUUGGAUACUGGGAGACACGGUAUGUGUGAUAACUGGCUUCCUGCACGGCCUUAUAUACACCGUCGGCAUCUAUACACUGCUAGCGAUCAGUGUAGACAGGUAUCUUAUCAUUGUCAGCAGGACCGCGAUGCUGACGCUUAAUCGGGCCAAGAUCAUCAUCCUGCUAUCUUGGGUUCUGGCGGGGACAGUGACCUUCCCCCCUGUUGUUGGAUGGGGUGAGUACCGACCGGAAGUGCAGCUUUUGUGCAGCGUGGGACGGUCACGUGGUGCGGGUGACGCGGUGUAUGUGAUGCUGGCAACAGUCCUCGCAACAUUCGUGCCACUUCUGCUCAUGUUGCACUCCUUCGUCUGCAUCAUAGCUACCGUCAGGAAGAAAUGUGUGCGCGUGCAGGAUCAACCACGUGGUGUCUGUAUAUCCUACAACAGAAAGGUUGUCACCGCCACUCUCGGUGCCGUUCGAAGGUUGAAAAUUGACGUUGGAUUCAAGACCAGGUCUUUCACGACGAUUCUGCUGCUGUUUGUGGUUUUAACAGUUUGCUGGGCUCCGUACAGCACGUGGAUAAUGCUGAACAGCGUGGUAAACGAACACCUGUCUGUUAUUGUGUCUCUGCUUCCGUGUGUCUGUUACUUAAAGACUGCCAUUAAUCCUGUCAUAUACUAUUCUCGGAUCAAGAAAUUCAGGGAAGCUUGCAAGGGAUUUCUCCCCAGAUUCUGUUGGCCAGUGUCAUGUGUACCUGCCCCUCUCAGGCGAAGGGUCAACCCAAGCGCUGUGUAUGAAGUCAGGGAGAGUUCAUCGAGUCAGUGUACACGGAGCUGAGAACAUAGUGCUUAA